CACUAUAUAUAUAUAUGCUUAUUAAGAAACUGGAACUCCCAGGAUAUUCUGGUUAAGAACUUAACAGUUUAACUUCCUCAGUCAACGUCAGGAGUUUAAACCAAGAAAAAGAAGAAGAAACCAUGGCUUCCCAACAGGAAAGAGAUGAGCUUGAUCGUAGGGCAAGGCAAGGAGAGACCGUUGUCCCUGGUGGAACCGGUGGCAAAAGCGUUGAAGCUCAAGAAAACCUUGCUGGAGGGAGGAGCCGGGGAGGGCAGGCGAGGAGGGACCAGAUAGGAAGGGAAGGGUAUCAAGAAAUGGGUCGUAAAGGUGGGCUGAGCACCGUCGAGAAGUCGGGCGGAGAACGUGCGGCGGAAGAGGGGAUUCCAAUCAAUGAGGACAAGUUCGCGACGAAGCAGAGGGGCUAAAUAAGUAAAAAAGAAGGAAGAAAUAAAAAUCCAACGUUGUUGGUGGAGAAGCAGCGGAUGUUUAGGGGUAGCUAAAACUAAACUUUAAGGAGGUAUUCGAGUCAUGUCACGUGUGUCAUGUAGUAGUUAGUAGUAAGUAGUAUGUAAAAUGGAUGUGUUUCAGUGUUUUUCUUUAAAGUAGCUAGGUGGAAAAUGGAGAUGUUUGAUCUCAGUUUAUGCUUCUCUGCAGUUAAAAGCUAACAAUGGAGAUGUUUUAUAUAAGUAA